CAAUAUUUUUUAAUUGUACAUGCAUGUACAUAUGUACAUGUAUUUCAUAAAAAUCAGAUAAUAAAAGAAGAAGGUAAUUAAGCCGUCGCUAAAUCAGAAAUGGAUGUGGAUAUGGCUAGAUAAUAAGGAUGUGAAUAUAUUUCCGACAGAAACUAACGGAGAGUUUGAGUUUCUUUCGUUGAGAUUGAAAUUUUAAAUUAUUUUGAAUUUAUUUAGCAAACUAUAACAUUUCUACUUCUUCGUUGUUGACAGUCCUACUUUAUUUAUUUAUCGAAUGUAAAUAAUCGUUUAUAUGUAAAUACAAGUUAUAURAAAAACUUUUUUUUACUUCUUGCAGGGUUMUUAAUUAUGUAUUAUWGGUUUGUGUCAGUUCAACAUUUUAUGCUGUAACUCUACUCCCAGUCUGAAACGUAAACCCAAAAAAAUGAARUGGCAAAUUCAAAAUUUUAACUUUUAACUAAAUUUGCAGUGGGAUCUGCGACGACUUUCAUUUUUCCUUUUUCGGAGAAAAACAUUGAAUUAAAUCCGCAAGUCUCUAAAGAAAGACAAAUUCGCAAUUCACGAUAUAACAAUGAAUAAUACUUAUAUAUGUAUUAGGCUAUGUGAUGGGUGGUAUUAAUGUUCGUUUGUAUACAGUGGAGCCUGCAGUUGUGCUGGCCUACGAGCAUAUUCCACAGCAUUUCAUUACUGAUAAUUCAGCAACGACAAAUUCGAACAUAAGUGCCGCUCUUAUUGCUGCGAUUGACAGCCCAAAUAGCACUGCUAAUGACUUCAAUUACGUAGAAGUUAGCAAUAGCAACACUCCUGCAACAAGCUCUAUCGUUUCACUAAGCAACUUUACCUACUCUCACUUUAUUGCGGCUGUAUCUCAUGCUGUCCUUACAUCUACACCACCGACUUUGUCAAUGGCUUCAUUCGAUAUUCAUCCAGUUUUGAUUGAGCAAGAUAUUUCUUCAUCAUUUAACGGCGGCAAUAAAGUUUCGGAGGAAGUAUUGGGAAAUAAUUUGGGACCAUCAACAGAGACGACAGAGAGUGUAGGAAAUGAUAAACUAAAUUCGUUCUAUUUUUACGAGAUGGAACAAUUCGCAGUCCUGUGGAUACUCUUCACUGUUAUUGUGCUCGGUAACUCUACGGUGCUUUUUGUUCUUUUUGUAAAUAAAAAUCGAAAAUCAAGAAUGAAUUACUUUAUUAGGCAGCUGGCAGUCGCAGAUCUUUCUGUCGGUUUGCUUCAUGUGCUUACCGACAUAAUAUGGCGAAUAACAAUUUCAUGGAGGGCCGGUAAUAUUGCUUGUAAGCUCAUACGCUUUUCCCAAGUUUGCGUUACAUAUUCCUCUACGUAUGUGCUAGUAGCUAUGAGUAUCGAUCGCUAUGACGCCAUAACUCACCCAAUGAACUUCUCGAAAUCAUGGCGAAGGGCAAAGCAUCUUGUUACAGCAGCAUGGGUAGUAUCAGUUAUUUUCUCGUUACCCAUUUUGUUUCUUUACGAAGAAAAGCUAAUUCAGGGCCAGAUGCAAUGUUGGAUAGAACUUGGUUCGCCGGAAGCAUGGCAAACAUAUAUGUGCCUAGUGGCGACAACACUAUUCAUUCUUCCCGCGCUUAUCAUAUCAGCUUGUUAUGCGAUUAUCGUCAAAACUAUUUGGGCGAAGGGCUCUAUAUUCACAUCCGGAGAACGUUGUAAUAACAAUGUAACUAGUAGAAGAGCCAGCUCUCGCGGAAUAAUACCCCGAGCCAAAGUAAAAACCGUCAAAAUGACAUUUGUUAUUGUCAUCGUAUUUAUACUGUGUUGGUCUCCAUACAUUGUCUUCGACUUACUGCAAGUAUUUGGACGUAUUCCGAAAACGCAAACCAAUAUUGCUAUAGCAACGUUUAUACAGAGUUUAGCACCACUAAAUUCUGCAGCGAACCCACUCAUUUACUGCGUCUUUUCAUCGCAAGUAUUUCGCACACUCAGCCGUUUUCCCCCUUUCAAGUGGUUCAAAUGCUGUUGCCGUUCUUAUUUAAAUAGUACUUUAACACAAAGUCGUUGCAGCAGCGUGAGCCGUCGACUUCACUAUAGCUGCGAUUCAGUGCGAACGUUGACUACUUCGCUCGCCGUAUCACGACGCUCUACCAAGCCGUCAUCACAUGUAGUCAUAUGUGAAAAAGAAAAGGAUCCAUUAGCCGUUUCGGAAGUAUGAUGUCGUGCCCCUUUUAGACCGCAUCUUAACCCACAACCYUAAUAACAUAAGUUAUUUUAAAAUUGAAUUGAAUUGUUUGUGAUACAAAAAUAAUAAAUUCGUAAAUUGUUGUUAUCAAAAAUAUACAAAGAACAUAAUCCUUAUGGCUGAUUUAAAUAAAACUUUCCUUAAUUUCGCUUUGCGAAGUAAACAUUGAAGAACAUGUCAUAAUGAACGCUUUGCUUUCCCUGCUACUCUCAGAAAUCUACAUAUUAUUUCGUGCAUUGAUAUUUUCAUCUUAACAGAUUUGCUAACCUGAUGUCACAUAAGUACGAGGUGUGUUCAAAAAGUAUCGCGAAUUUUGAAUUUUCGCGGGUUACGUAUAUUCGAAUUU